AUGAUGGUUGUACUACCUGCAGUGAGAGAGAUGAAAAGAAAGAGGAAUAAAGCAAAGACAAAUCCUCCUGACUCUGGGGAGCAGAACUCUUUGCCUCCUCAAAGCAUAGAACUGGUUCAGGCACCAGAAAUCGUUGAUACAUGUGUGGUUCCACCAAGCAAUGAAGGAGCCAAACCUCAUGGUGAUUUACCUGGUGGUGAGAGUGAAGGUGCUUGUGAAAAUGGUAGUGUCUUGGAUCAUGUGGAAAAGAAAGCUCAAAGUCUGGAAAUAAUUGCAGAAGCUGGUCACUGUGAAGCAGAUGUGAAGAUGCCAUCAAAGCCAAGCAGCACUGGUGAUGUGCCCAUCCCAUCUACAAGCUCCAUAACCUCAGAGGAGAAGGUGGGUGAUGGCAGUGCUGCAAAGCAUGGAAAAUCAGCCAGGAGUGAUGAGGAAGGAGGCAGCGCUGCACCUGAUGCUGGCCAGCUUCCCGAAACCAGACUGGAUCCCCAGCCCUUGGACAGCAAAGACACACUGGCCUUGAAGGGAGACAGCGUGAGCAUCUCCUCUGGCUUCUGCCCUGAAAGAGGAGCACCUGAAACUAGCCCUGCACCCUCCGGUGCUGCACAUGCAAGUCAAGGUGCAAAAGCUCCAUCUGUGGCCAAAAACUCCCAGGCCAGAAAGGGCAACCAGGAGAGCAGCCAGCAAGAGAGCCCUUUGACUUCCAAGAAGGAAAGUGCAAAAGAGAAAGCAAACAACCCAAAAGAGGAAGUAUGUGAAGCAACCAAGAAAAACAGAAAUCAGUGCAAAGAGCCAGAGGUUGCUAGAAAGGACACAGCUCCAGCUGUUGCCAGCAGUUCCAAGGACAGAAAGAAACAAAAGAACCAGAAACCCGUGGAUAAGACUGAACAAAGUUCUGCAAGCCAGAGAGGUGAUGUUACCGUGUAUUUCCAUGCACUAUUGUCCAAAGACUUCAAGUUCAACCCAGACGAUCAUAAAGUGUUUGUCAGAGCUGGAGGCAUUUCUGGCUAUGAGGACUGGAAGGAGAACAUUUGUGAGAUGACCUGCACAAAGUAUCUAGAAGAACAUGGAUACCUCAUUGAAGGCUGUGUGACUCUUAAAAAAGAAAAUAAGGAUAAACAUAUUCCUUACAAAUACUGGAUUAAGUCUAAUGAAGGAAAAUAUGAAUUUAUUUAUAAGAAGUCUUUAACUAAUCAGGUGGUGAAUCGCUGCUUAUUUAUUAGAAGCAGUUUGGUCCAUGCUGAAGAAUGGCAUCAGUACGAUGAUAUCGUGUGUGCUAAACCCUCCAAGUGGGAAACUUGGUGGAAUUCUCUACCCUUCUCUGAUGAGGACAAAAAGGUGGUGGAAGGAAAAAUAAUAGCAGCAAAUAUUAUGCUAGAAAAUAUCUUCAGUAUCCUAGAAACCUGGAGUCCUGUCAACCUGGAAAGCUUCCUCUCCCAGCUGAGACAAUUCUAUGUUGUUACAAGUGAGCCAGAAGUAUAUGAAGGCAGACAUAUUCUGUGGAUAGAGUUAAAGUUUGGAAAACCUGAGGUAAAUGAAUUGCUCCUGAAAUACAUGAAGAAAAUAGCUCUUCCUUUCUUGGGCCCGGAAGGUCCAAGUGCCUCACAGAAGGACAUGGCAAUAAAAAGUAAACUAGCUCUGGGACUGGUCAUUCUGACAGUAGUUGAAGAAUUUAACCUGCCGCUGACUGAAAGUGGUCUGGCUGGUCUGUGCAGCCUCUUGUGUUUGGAGGACAGGGUGCAAAAAGCUGUACAGGAUGAAAUUCGGCACACCCAGAAUGCCUUUAAAGGGGUUACAAGUUUGACAUGUCACCUGACAAACUUGUGCCAGAAAUGCAUAGACGGCCGAGUAAGCCACUGGGUUUGGGUCCUUCCUCUUCUGCACUUUCUCUCUGCUCGUCCACACCAUGAACACUCUCAGGUGGCAGAAGAUAUCUGGGCAGGGCUGGAGGGGCUUCCGUUUGCUGACGUGAGGCAGAGACAUCAUAUGGGGAACCUGCUGCAGCUAAUGAAGGAAAAGAAAUACUUGAUGGAAUUUGACAGGACUCUGGUCAAGUCCUGGAUCUGUGUGCAGCCCCUGGAGAGUCUGGCUGAAUUUAUAACCGAGUUUUCCAGAGACUUUUUAGAUUCUCUUCAAGGUGUUUCUUACAGAUUAGAGGACAUCCACCUUUCCUGGAGCAAUGCUAAGGUGGUAGAAAGUCUUUUAGAGAAGCUGCUGUGCCUCUUGGAAGAACAGGCCAGAGCUCUGGACGCUCGCUACUGGCAGUCCUGCCUGGCCGUCUGCCUCAAGCUCCAUAAGGCUGUGUGCAAGCGUGCGAAGCAGGGCUGGUGGUUCAAGAUUCCUGCCACUUCUGCCAAGAUGAUUGCAAGGACCGCCAGGCUUCAGCUCACAGCAAUUCCAAGAGAGGAAUCCGCCCAGGGAGUUCCAGUGCUAGAAAUAUUCCGUGAAGCGCUGUCACACACUCGAACCUGGUUCAGAAAUGUUUUAAGCACCAACCUCCUGGAAAGGACUGCUGAAUCUGUGAAGUUUUCUUUUCACUGGGAACUUAAGGCCUGGGAUGAAUUUGUGAAGAUCAGCUUUCCGAAUGAAGACUUCACUGAGUUUUGGAAGAAGACUUUACUUGCAGACUUGGGUGGAAGAAUUCGUCAGGAGCCUCCAGUUAGUCAAAUCUUAGCAUCAUGCUGUUGGUAUAACGUAUUUGAAAACCUGGACCCUUCCAUUGGCUGCUGUUUCAGAAGUUGUGCCAUAGAGGCUGUGACUGCAGCCAGCCAGACUCGGACCAAUCUCCUUGACCUGAUACCUCCCGAAAACAUGAAGAGACUUGGCUGGCUUAUAUCAACCAUUAUUACAAAGUCAUGGCCCAUCAAAAAGAGCGGGCAGUCAGAGGAUGAUUUUGAUGAGGUUUUGCACCACUUGCUUACAUGGCCUGACAUAAAGCAUAUCUUCAGCUUUAAUGGAACAAACACCAAUGUCCUAGAACAACUUUCAGAUGAAGCAAAAGAUAAAAUGGCCAUAGCAGACUCUGUGCUUAUGAGCGUCACUGAGGCUAUCCAGGAAGGCUGCGUCCUUGUGAAAUAUUUGAAAGAGGUUCUUCAGCACGAGGAGCAGUUCGUCCGUAUCUGGGAACUAAAGCACAAACAGCUAGUGCAUGAAGACGGAGAAGCACUGCAGAAUGAGCUGAAAGAAGUGCUGCGGAAGAGGCAAGAAGAGAUGACGCUAAUUAGGAGCGAGGAAAAAGCAAUAGGAACCUUUCUGGGCAUGUGUAGGAAGGUGCAGACAUCUGUAAAAGUGUCCGUGGCUGAACUGGAGCUUCAACACGCAGAAGAUCUUUCCUCAAAAAAGCUGAAUACAGUGGUGAACGUGGGAGAGACGCCUCUAAAGACCUACUACAGUCUGAGCCAAACCCUAAAAUUCUUUGUGCAGAAAAUGUACUCUUUUAAAGACAGCCUGAUCUUCCAGCAGUUCUGGGAAGAAGCAGCCCAGAAUAUAAAAAAAGAGUAUGAGGAUGAAGAUGAGGAUGAAGAUGAGUAUGAAACUUCAGAACACCGGGAGGUUCCUAUAUUAGACCUUAAGAAUGUGUUUGAUAGUCUCAUCUCCCCUUGUUUUGAAAGCUAUGAAAGGUUAUAUGAUGACCUCAGAUCUGGAAGUCUUACACUUUCUGCAGUUGAUAGGAUUUUCCAGGAGUUUACAAACCAUUCUGACGAUAUCAAAACUGAGCUAAACACCAUGUGCAAACUGAGACCUGGAGAGAAGACAGACUGGGUAGAUCAGCGACUUCAGCAGAUAAAGCAAUACUAUGAGCUGCAUUUAACUUUUGAUGCUGCAAAGAUUAUUGCUAAUGUCAAAGAGAGUUUAAACCUCUCUGGUGACUUCACUAUCCUGGAAAAAUUGCUGGACAUAACAGAAAAGCUUGAAAGUUACAAGACACAAAAGCUGUCCUCCAUCAGCGCAGAGCUUAUCGCUGCCAAGGAACUGCUGCAGGGGAUCACUGAGAAGCGUCGCAGAUGCCUGCAGGAGCUGGCCCAACAGAAGGAGUUUGUCUGCUGGGUCAGGGAGGCGCUGACAGAUAUAAAUGAGCUGAAGGUAUUUGUAGACUUGGCUUCCAUCUCUGCCGGGGAGAAUGACAUGGAUGUGGAUCGUGUGGCCUGUUUCCAUGAUGCCGUGCACGGCUACUCCUCCCUGCUCUAUGACCUGAGGCAAGAGUCGGGGUUUGGUGACUUCACAUACUGCCUGAAGAAGCUGUGGCGAGCUCUGGGCAGCGAUGAGAACCUUCCCGAGAAGCUGCGUGCUUCAGCCCAGCACUUACACUGGCUGAAAACAGUGAAGGAGAGCCAUGGGUCUGUGGAACUGUCAUCACUGUCGCUGGCAGCUGCCAUCAACAGCAGAGGAACCUACAUUAUCAGAGCACCAGCUGAUGGCCAGAAGGUUUCUUUGGAUACUGUCCUGCACUUCACGCUCCCAGAAAGCUCAAUGGAUGGUGAGACAUCGCGGAGAUACUCCCUGGAGGAGCUCCGUGAACUGCAGAACAAGCUGAUGCUCAUGUCGGCAAAGGGAGAACAAGGCCUGGAGGUGGAGAAGUUCUCGGAGGUCUUUUCCAAUGUCCAAAGAUUUGCACAGUCCUUUAUAGACCUUUAUUCAGCUGGGAACGUGCUCUUCCGUUUCUGGCUUGCCCGCAUAUAUUGCUCUCCCAAAAGCGAGUCAUGUGUCGUCCUAGACUUCUCCUUGGCCCUGAUCCCAGGGCUAGAAGGGCAAGGAGAGGUGGCCACUGUGCUCCCAGGGCUCUGCAGAAAGAUGGAGAGUUUCCUGGAGAGGUGGAGAGCCUUCAUGAAUGACAAGCGAUCCAAGUACUUCCACUUGAACUACUACACUGCUGAGCAGCUCGUCUAUUUGUGCGGAGAGCUCAAGAAAGGGCAGCCCAGCCAGAAUGCCCUGAUGAUGCUUUCGUUCCUAAAACACAACUGUACCAGUCAGGAUGUCCUGCGAGCCUCCCGGAGCACGGUGCUCGCCAGCUCAAGGAAGGCCAUUUCCAACUUGCCAGCUCUGCUGGAAGAAGAGAGGGAUCUGCCGGCGCAACUGGAGCGCAUCUGGCAGUGCUACAUGAGCAGCAUGAGCUCCUUCCUUCCCAGCUGCCUGGAUGUGGACACACUGGGCCGCUGGCUGAAGAACCUGGCGGGCCUGGAGAGCGCGCGCGUGGCGCGGGACUUCCCGCAGGAUUUCCUGCGCGUUGGCCAGCCCAACCUCAUCACGUGUCCUCGCUCCGACGUGCUCUCUGCUGCUCUGGCCAUCUACAUGCACAGCCCCCACCAGCCCCUGCCCACUUUCGAUGAGGUUCUCCUGUGCACGCCACAGACCACGUCUGAGCAAGUGGAGCUUUUCCUCAGGAGGUGCCUCUCUCCUAGCAGCAGGGGAGAGAAAAUUUACACCCUGCUGUAUGCGGAUGAGCUAAGCUACGAUGUCAGUGCCAGGGCGGAGGAGCUCUUCCGCUGCCUGCAGCACUACAACAGCGUGUAUCAGCUAGUCAUUCUGUGCAACUGCAACAGGGAGCACAGCUACAUCCCCUCCGUCUUCAGCCAGUAUAAAGUACACAUGGUCCCCCAGAGGCCCCUCGCUGAAAUCCAGAGAUACCUUCAGGACCACUACAGGGUCACUCAGCCUUUAAGCUCAGCUGCUUCUGUGUUCAAGGACAACAUGUGUGUUGGGAUUGUGUCUUCCAGGAGAGCUGGAGUGGGAAAAUCUCUCUACGUGAAGAGACUGCAUGAGAGACUUCAAGCACAGCAGCCUAAAUGUGCAGAGCUUCUGAAAACAAUCAGGCUAAUAGACCCAGAGGUGGAUGAAGAUAAAGUGCUGAAAUCUCUUCUGCCUUUUCUGAAGAGGCACCACCAGCUGAAACCGAUGAUAUUCCACUUCGAUAUCACCUCUUCAGUACAAAGUGGAAUUCCAGAGUUUCUCUUCAAGCUGUUGGUUUUGCAGUAUCUGACAGAUACGAAUGGCAAUAUGUGGCUACGACAGAAAUGCCAUUUAUACAUCAUUGAAAUCCUUGAGGUAUUGCCGACACCAAACAAAGCAGCGAGACACAUGUCACAGAGCCAGAAGUAUAAUUUCCUUGAUGUGUUCCCAAAAGUAACGUGCAAGUCUCCCAAGGAGGUACUAGAGAUGGAGACGCUCGGGAACCAGUCUGGGGAUGUUUCCGACCCGGGAAUGGACAAGGAGGAAUUUGGCAGCGAAGCUUUCCAGAGACCUUUCCAGUAUCUGAGGAGAUUUGACCAGGGCUGCGAUCUUGAUGCGUUUCGUUAUGAAGAGGGCUCUGUAGAGGGGAGCCCAGCCGAGUGCCUCCAGCAGUUGCUCCUGCACUGUGGGAUCAUAGAUCCCUCCUGGUCUGAACUGCGGAACUUUACCUGGUUUCUCAAUAUUCAGCUGCGAGACUGUGAAGCUUCCAUUUUCUGCAAUCCUGAAUUUGUCAGGGACACUCUGCAGGGCUUCAAGAACUUUGUUGUUACCUUCAUGAUCUUAAUGGCAAGAGAUUUUGCAACACCGUCCCUGAACAUUUCUGAUCAAAGUUCAGGAAACCUGUCUUCUGACAUGCAGAAUGUUGCAGAAGAAGAUCUUCUUCCUUUCCACAUUCGGAAAAAGUGGGAGUCUGAGCCUCAUCCGUAUUUGUUUUUCAAUGAAGAUCGUGUGUCCAUGACAUUCAUUGGUUUCCACUUGCAACUCAAUGCCAAUGGUGGUGUUGAUGCCGUUAAUCCUUUGAACGGCAACAUUAUCAAGAGAAACGUUAUGACUUCGCAGUUGUAUCAUGGCUUGUUACUCCAAAGAGUUCCCUUCAAUAUUCAUUUUGAUCAACUGCCCCGACACGAGAAGCUAGAGAAGCUCUGCAUGGUUCUGGGGGCCCCCUGGGUAACAGAGCCCGAUGAAACGUAUGAACUCACCACAGACAACAUGCUAAAGAUCCUGGCUAUCGAGAUGCGAUUCAGAUGCAACAUCCCAGUCAUUAUCAUGGGAGAAACAGGCUGUGGGAAGACCAGACUUGUAAAAUUUCUGUGCAAGUUGCGCAGAAACUGUGCAGAGGCAGACAACCUAAAGCUUGUCAAAGUUCAUGGAGGUACUACUGCAGAGAUGAUUUAUGCCAGGAUCAAAGAAGCAGAAGCCAUUGCUAAAAUGAACAAGGAGCAGCAUGGGUUGGACACAAUCCUGUUCUUCGACGAAGCCAACACGACAGAUGCCGUGAGCAGCAUCAAGGAGGUUCUGUGCGACCACACGGUGCAGGGGCAGCCUUUGGCCUCUUGCUCAGGCUUGCAGAUCAUAGCAGCCUGCAACCCUUAUCGUAAGCACACACCGAAGAUGAUCCAGCGCUUGGAAUCGGCGGGGUUGGGCUACCGUGUAAAAGCAGAUGAGACCAAGGACAAGCUUGGCUCCGUUCCCCUGAGACAGCUGGUGUACCGGGUCCACGCGCUCCCACCCAGCAUGAUCCCAUUGGUGUGGGACUUCGGGCAGCUGAACGACCUGACUGAGAAAAUGUACAUCCAGCAGAUUGUGCAGAGACUUGCUGACCACGUGCCCAUGAGUGAGGCCGAGGCAGACAUCAUUACUGAAGUGCUCUUUACUUCUCAGCAGUACAUGAGGCGCAGAAACGACGAGUGCAGCUUCGUAAGCCUGCGGGACGUGGAGCGCUGCAUGGAAGUUCUCAAGUGGUUUCACGAGCGCAGUCAGCUGCUGCUGAAAGAGGUGCACAAGUACCUGACGGAGAGGAAGGCUCCGAGGAGCAACGUUGAGAGAAACGGCGUUAUCUGGUCCUUAGUCCUGGCAGUCGGGGUCUGCUAUCACGCAUCCUUGGCAAAGAAGGAGAAGUAUAGAAGAGCCAUCAGCCAGGUCCUUCCCAAUCCUUUUAAUACCCAGAAGAAGAUAUUGGAUGAAAUAUGCUUGAUGCAGGAUGUAUUCCUGAGUGGCGUGCAGCUCCAAGACACCAUAGCAAGAAACUUGGCUUUGAAGGAAAAUGUCUUUAUGAUGGUCAUCUGUAUUGAGCUCAGAAUCCCUCUCUUUCUUGUUGGGAAGCCUGGGAGCUCCAAAUCCCUUGCUAAAACCAUUGUGGCUGAUGCUAUGCAGGGCCAAGCUGCUCAUUCAGAUAUGUUCAAGGAGCUGAAGCAAAUUCAUUUAGUGUCCUUUCAGUGCAGCCCUCUCUCCACUCCCGAGGGAAUCAUAGGUACUUUCAAACACUGCGCUCGAUUCCAAGAUGGAAAGAACCUGGACGAGUAUGUCUCUGUGGUGGUCCUGGAUGAGAUUGGACUGGCAGAAGACUCUCCCAAAAUGCCCUUGAAGACUUUGCAUCCGCUUUUGGAGGAUGGCUGCAUAGAUGAUGUCCCUCUUCCUCACAAAAAGGUUGGCUUCAUUGGAAUUUCCAACUGGGCAUUGGACCCUGCUAAGAUGAAUCGAGGCAUCUUUGUCUCCCGUGGCGACCCCAGCAAAGAAGAGCUCAUAGAAAGUGCAAAUGGGAUUUGUUUUUCAGCACGAGGGGCUUUGCAGAAGGUUGAACGGUAUUUUCAUUACUUUGCAGAUGCAUAUGAAAACAUCUGCAAAGCCCAAGACAGAGAGUUCUUUGGUCUACGUGACUACUACAGCCUCAUAAAGAUGGUUUUUGCCUUGACUAAGACCUCCAAAAGGGAGCUGACGCCUCAAGACAUAGCUGAGGUUGUUCUUCGCAACUUCAGUGGUAAAGAUGACAUCAAUCCUUUGGAAAUAUUCACCUCACAAUUACCAGAGAAAGGAGAAAUACGUGCUCAGGAUAUCAAUAGCAUUGACCUGGUGCGACAAAACAUUCAAAGCAGUGAUCAGGACGCUGAAUGCAGGUACCUGCUGGUGUUGACCAAAAAUUACGCAGCGCUGCAGAUUCUCCAGCAAACUCUCUUUACUGCUCGGCAACAACCAGAAAUUAUCUUUGGCUCUAGCUUCCCUAAGGACCAAGAGUACACUCAGAUAUGCAGGAACAUCAACCGUGUGAAGGUGUGCAUGGAAACCGGCCAAAUGGUGGUGCUUCUCAACCUGCAGAACCUUUAUGAAAGCCUCUAUGAUGCCCUCAAUCAGUACUACGUGUACCUCGCUGGCCAGAAAUACGUUGAUUUGGGGCUAGGUACCCACCGGGUGAAGUGUCGGGUGCAUCCGAAGUUUCGUUUGAUAGUCAUUGAGGACAAGGACGUGGUCUACAAGCACUUCCCCAUCCCGCUGAUCAACAGACUGGAAAAGCACUACCUGGAUAUCAAUACCGUCUUGAACAAGGAGCAAAGAGAGACUGUGGAAGAGCUGGAGAAGUGGGUGCACAACUUCACUGCUGUCAAUACAGAAGAUCCCUUCAUGGGCAAGCAGAACUACAGCCCUUCUGACGUGUUUGUGGGCUACCACUCCGACACCUGUGCCUCGGUCGUCCUGCAGACGGUGGAGAGGCUGAAAGCCAAGUGCCCUGCCGAGGAGCUCAUGCCCCAUGUGAAGAGGCAGGCGCAGCUGGCGCUGCUCAACUGUGCCACCCCCGAUGCCGUGAUCCGCCUGAGCGACGCCGUGGGGCUCUUCAUGGCAGACUCCCUGGCCCACAUAUAUUUCAAGGAGCAGCAGCACACAUCUUUUGCAGAUUUCCUCCGAGCUCACGUCCACGCUGCGGCUGGACCUCAAACGGUCUUUACAGAGGUCACCACCUUCUCGAGGCUUCUCACCAGCACUGACGCUGCUUGCCUGGAGAGAGAAGUGCAGGGUAAAGCUCAAAGGCUUCAGAUCCUGUUCCUGCAGCAGUUUGACACGGAGUACUCCUUCCUCAAGGGGAUCCGAGAUUUCCUUGAUGCCACACCAGGAAAUAAAAUCCUUAUUAUUCAGACAGAUUUUGAAGAUGGCUCUCAAAAUGCCCAACUCAUCGCUUCAGCCAAGUACACUGUUGUUAAUGAAGUCAACAAGGUAGACUUGGGAGAAGUCUCUGUCUUCAUUUAUUUCAUUAUGAAGCUUUCCAGAAUGGAAGGAGGAACGUCCUACGUGGGAUUCCAUGGAGGACUGUGGCAAUCGGUGCAUAUAGAUGAUCUCCGCAGAUCCAAGGACAUGGUGUCUGAUAUGACUGCCCUCAAGAACCUCACCAUCAGCCAGAUGUUCUGCAGCGAUUCAGAUGAAACAAACGCUCUUCCCACGAAUGGAAAGGAGCAGGAGGAAGCAGAGAGGGAGGUUGAACCACCGUUGCCAGAAGCAGAGAACUUUGAAGGUGAAAUUCUGGACACCGUUUUACUCCUGAGGAGCUGCGUGCAAAGUGCUGUGGGGAUGCUGCGGGACCAAAAUGAAGACUUUAGUCGCAGCACAAGGCGAAUUGAGAUUCUCCUUGGCUUCCUGUCCAAAAGCGAUGAUUUGAAAGCCUCUUUUCUGAAGAUAACCAAGAGUCGCCUUUCCACGCUUUUGAAGAAGCAAGAAGAGAGUUUGUUUCACAUGAGAAACUGGGUGCUUCGGGAGGCUUCCAACCUCAGUGCUCUCCAGGAGGCAGGCACCUUCAGGCACACCCUGUGGAAGCGAGUCCAGAAGGUGGUCACCCCGUUCCUGGCUCUCCUGAUAGCAGUUGUGGACAGGAACAGCAAUCUGGAGCGGUUGGUGAGGCCCGCAGCGGAGUGGGUGACAAACCUGUGGAUGUUCGUGUUCAGCGACACCGCUCUCCUCACUGUCCCUGACGGCGUGGGCAAGUCCGGUUCUCAGACAGAGAUAAUUCUGGUUCAGAGCAACAUGUUUUUUGCUGAUGCUGGGAAUGAGAUGCCCUUCAGCUGGAGGAUAAAGGAGUACUUGGAUGACAUGUGGCUGGAAGCUCAGUACAUUCAGAGCACUGAAGAUGAAGCCGAGAAGUUUAUGAAUAUAUUCCAGAGAACACCACUGGGAAAAUUUAUAUCCAGUCUGACUGAGGAAGAAAGGAGCAUGCUCUUCCAGUCCUACCUCACAGAUUUCAUUGUGUUGACCAUUGAUGUGUCUUCUCUAGAAGAGCAACAGUGUCUGCAAACUGCCUUCUUAUCCUGCAUAGAGGAAUGGAAGGCAGCAUCUCCCAGAAGACAGGAGACGGUGCCGUCCUUGCCCUGGGUCCACCUUGCAUACAAUCAGUUUAAGAGCCGUUUGCAGAACUUCUCUAGGAUCCUGGCUGUACAUCCGGCUGUGGUGGACCACAUUAUUUACCAGGAACCAGAGUCAGAGAUGGUUUUAGAUGUGUUAGCUGCCAUGGUUUGUGCUGAAAAGCUGGAGAAGCAAGUGCAGACCGACAACCUGGAGAUGUGGCUGCAGGAAGUGAAGAACCUUCAUAUGCCCAUUGAAUUUCUCUGUAAAGAGGACUUGCAAAGCAGUGGACGACGGUGCCAGCAGCUGCUAAAGGAGCUGAAAGUCUAUUGGAACCGGAUUUUCUCUAUGUCUCUGUUUGUGCAACAUGUGCUACUGGGUAUCAACUCUCUGAUGCCAGAAUUUGAGAGCAUGAUGAAAAAAUACACUUUACUGCUUGCCAAGUGUUUUACGCAGGAUUCGGACAUGAAGAGUCAUCCAACUUUUAUUGCAGUGAUGAAAGUACUGUGUGAGUGUAAGGAAGAAGUCAGUAGCAGGCUCUGCAGAUUUGGUGUGAGUCCAUGUCCAGUCUGCCUGGGAGAGCCCAAGGAUCCAGUAUGCCUUCCUUGCCACCACGUGUGCUGUCUGAAGUGCAUCCGAGCAUGGCUAGUACCGGCACAAAUGCUCUGUCCACUUUGUAAAGUUGCCGUUGAGACUGUUGACUUAACUGUCUCUGCGGAGCUCAGUAUCGCCAUAGAAAGAAACGCCCAGUUCCGGCAGAGAUGCAAUAAUUUCUUUAUAGAUGUUGUCACUACCAUGUGUUUCAAGGACAAUGAACCCCCCGAGGCAGCAGUGAUAAAAGAGCUCCUUAAUCUCUUGUUUGUUCACAAGAACCUUUUGCAAGAUUCAGGUCCUCCUGCUGUCUACACAAAGUUUCUAUCCCCGUUUAAUGAUGAGGUGGAUGCAACUCCUGUCAUACGCUCGAUAAUGCUGAAGCUCCUCCUGAAGUACAGCUUCAAUGAAGUGAAAAAUGAUGUGCAAGAUUACCUAGUGAGGGUAGAACAAAGCCAAAUCCUGGAUAAAGGUGAUAAGAAGGAACUCUACUUGCUUUUUGUCAACUGUUUGGAGGAUUCAAUCUGUGAGAAGGCCGAAGGCGGCUUUGGAUACGAUCAUGCAAACCAUCUGCUGAGAGACAGAGGCUUUCCCGAGAACUACCUCCCAAAGAGCAACCAAGAAGCUCUUCAGGAGUCGUCUGUUGAAUACCUGGAGGCAGUAGCCAAGGUUCGCCUGUACCUAGACAGGGCCACAGAGCUGCUUUCUGACUUGUGUGGGCCUGCAGAGCAAGAUCACGUGAAGGAGAAGCAGCAUUACCUGGCAAACGUGAGGACGUUCUGCAGCCUCAGCAAGAAUGACUGGCAUAAUGUUUAUCUAGUGCGGAAAAUUGCUAACCAGUAUGGGAUGGAAUUUGUUCAAAAGCUUGUGAUGGAGGCACAGUUUAAAUGGGUGUUCCCAGUGGAAGUUCUGGAACAGAUAGAGCACAAUGAGGCCAAUCAAAUCGAUCGGUACCUGGCAUGUGGCAAGGACUACCGAGUCCUGCGUGAGGUGGUGGGGAAGGCAAUGAUUGAAUGUAAGACUGAGGCUCUUCUACAGGCAGAGAAGGCACAGAGCAGGUCCCCUCCUGCAAAGGCUGUCCACCUGCUCCUGGCUAUUUUCAGAGAAGUCACUGCCUUGUAUGGAGUCAGUAACGCAAAUCUUCACCCCAAGCAGCGGCAAAUUGAUGUUAUGACCCAGUUCAUUGAAAACUCUGAAGUCCUGAGUUCUCAGGAGCUGAAGAAGUUUGCAACAUCUCUCGUGAAGAACGCCCUGCCAUCUCUGACAGUGAAUCCUCAGAGCUUCAGCCACAACGGGGCGUUGGUUGAGAUGGCUGUUCACGCCGCAGCUGUCUUGCUGUGUGGGCAGAACCCCAUCCUGCAGCCCCUGAGAAAUCUGGCGUUCCACCCGCGCACCAUGAGGCACUCUUUUCUACCUACAAUGCCAGAAGAUAUAACGGCCGAGGCAAAGGGCUGGGAAGGACUGCACGCUCUGCGCUGGUACACCUGUCCAAAUGGCCACCCCUGCACUGUAGGAGAGUGUGGCCGUCCCAUGGAAAGGAGCCGCUGUCUUGACUGUGGUGCCGUAGUUGGAGGGGAAAACCAUAAAGCAGUGCCUGGCUUUGCGGAUUUCCGGAGUAAUGAGGACAGAACUCAGGCUGGCCACGUCCUUGGAGAUGUACAACGCAGAAGAACCAUGGGAGUGUCUGAUCGGGCCAUGUCCCCCGUAGUCUUCCUUCUUGUACGCUUGCUCACACAUCUGGCAAUGCUGCUGGGAGCCACAGAAGAGCCUCAGUCAUUGGAGGAGAUGAUCAAGCCCCCAGUGCAGAACCCGGUAAGCUUCCUGCAGCAGCAUAUUCAGGAGGACUUGGCACAGCUGACAAAAGUUCUGGGGAAGAGUGUGGAUGAGACUGUCAACAUCCUUCAUCUUCUGCUGGACAGCCUCCUCAAAGAUCCCCAUCAGCACCAAAACCAGUGGCCAGUUCAAUUUGAUGCUGUGCUUUCCACCAAACAGAGGAGGAACAAAUGGGAAGAAAUUAUUGUAAAAACAGUUAUUCUUCCUGAAUUGAAGGAUUUAGAUAAAAAGCUUCUGGAGCUAAAUAAACAAAUUCAAGAGGAUGAGAGAAUUUCUUCCAAUCCAAUAGUGAAAAUAGUAUAUGGUGACCCUAGCACCUUCCUGUCCAAACUGCCAAAGCAGAGUCACAUACACCACUCCAAGAUGUGGAGCUGCCGAAAGAGGAUUUCGGUGGAGAACCUGGGCCAUGUAGUCCAGCAAAAGAGUGCCAAGGACGCUGUGCCCCUCUUGUGCAAGUUCCUGCAGAAGGAAACGGAACUGAGGCUGGUGAAAUUUCUACCAGAGAUUCUGGCUCUUCAGAGGGACUUGGUGAGACGAUUUCAGAACACCACCCUUGCCAAGCAGUGCACGAUCCAAGACUUCCUCAACGAACCCUGCUCCGAUGUGAUGAGGGACCUUUGGCAGAGGAGAACAAAUGUGUUUCUGUCUGUCUGGAACAAGUUGAGGAGGUCGCUGGAUACCAACGGGGAGAUUAAGCUUCCUAAAGGCUACUGUGAUGCUGACCUGACCCUGGAUAGCAAGCUGGAGGUGCUUCUGCCACGUCGACAGGGACUGGGCCUCUGCUCCACGGCCUUAGCCAGUUACCUCAUUAGCCUGCACAAUGACUUUAUCUACUCGGUAAACAAAUACAUCAAGGAAGACAGUAGGUACUUCAUCAGUCCCUCAGAGGUGGCUGACAUGCACUUGAUCAGUUAUGAGGUGGAGCGGGACCUCAUUCCUCUCAUCUUGUCCAACUGCCAGUACAGCAUGGAGAAGGGAGGGGAGACACUGCAGGACUUUGAUCUGGGAAGGAUCCAGCAGCAAAUCGUCAGCAAGUUCCUGCAGGGGAAGCCAUUCAUCACCCUCACGGGAAUACCCACCCUUGUUUACAGAUAUGAUCGGAAUUACGAACAGCUGUUUGAUGAUGUCAAGAAUAAGUUGGAUCAGAGUUCUCUUCCCAGUUCUGUGAUAAACACAAUCAGUGGAGAACUGCUCUCCUAUAGUGAUGUCUGUGAUGCUCUGUCUAUCAUUGAAAUUACACUGGGAUUUCUUGCCAUGGCUGGGGGGAACCCUGAAAUGCUUCUGACUGACUACAUAACAGAAGUUCUGCAGAUGGAUGAUCAGACAAAUCCUCAGGUGCUGCAGACCCUCAGGAGAUGCCACCUAAAGCACAGCAUAGCCUUAUGGCAACUGCUCUCUACCCGCAAGUCGGAGCAGCUGCUGCGCCUCAAAAGAGAUCCUUUUGAAGACAUCAAUCCAGCCUACAAAGAUGAGCUUAGCCCAGAGCUUGCCAAGCAGCUAAACGUCUUCCUUGUCCACUCGAGGCUGGAAACCUUCCUGCAGGAGCUCCAUGAAAUGAUUAUCCUGAAGCUGAGGCAUGUCCAAACUGUAGAUGACUUCAGACCUGUGUGGAGCUUGAAGGAAUCGCUGCUGCCCCUCCUGGAGCUCAAGGAGUCGCAGCUGGCACCGGACCUGGAGGACGCGUUCCCGCAGGAAAUCCUCCUCUCCCACGCCGUGGCCACCUGGACCGCGGCCGCUCUCUUCCGCCGCGAGCACCGGGAAGCCUAAAACGACUGGUGCUGAAAACAUACUUUUUUUUU